UUAGAUCUUUCAAUGUAAAGAGCGAUCAUUGAAAGUCAUGCGUUACUCUUAGGUUUUGGUUUUCCUAAAGAUUUGAAAACGUUCGCCAUUUGCUAUCUUAAGGAUCUAUAUAACUGAAAUGCACAACAACUUUCCUACUUUAAAAAAUGAUAACAUUAUAAGAGCUGCGAAAGGGGAGUCUGUUUCCCGCCUACCUGUAUGGAUAAUGCGUCAAGCUGGUCGUUAUUUACCUGAGUUCCGUGAGCUACGUGAAAAACACGAUUUCUUUGAGAUUUGUCGUACUCCAGAACUUGCCUGUGCCGUAACUCUCCAACCCAUAAAUCGUUUCGAUCUUGAUGCUGCGAUUAUAUUUUCGGAUAUAUUGGUUAUACCUCAAGCUCUUGGUAUGGAAGUGAAGAUGCAACCUGGUGUCGGACCUAAAUUUACUGAACCUUUAAAUUCAGUAAACGACUUAGAUCGGCUAAACGCUCAAGUUGAUGUACGAAAAGAAUUAGACUAUGUUUAUAAAUCAAUAACCCUGACACGCCAUCGACUAGAAGGAAAGGUCCCUUUGAUCGGUUUUGCUGGUGCUCCCUGGACUCUAAUGUCUUAUAUGAUUGAAGGUGGAAGUUCAAAUACUUAUUCCAAACCAAAAAAAUGGUUAUACACCGAACCUCGAUCAAGUCAGAGAUUGCUUAGUCUACUUACUCAGAUAAUUGUAGAGCAUUUGAUUCAACAAUUUCUUUCCGGUGCACAGUUACUUCAAGUUUUCGAAUCUCAUGCUGGCUUUCUUAGCCCACACUUGUUUAAUACAUUUUGUUUACCGUAUUUGAAACAAAUUGCAAAUGAAGUACGAAGCCGUUUGUUGAAUGAAUACAAAAUUCCUAACGAUUCUAUUCCACCACUCAUCGUAUUUGCUAAAGAUGGCCAUUAUGCUCUUACUGAAUUAUCUAAAUCUGGUUAUGAUGUUAUUAGCCUAGACUGGACCAUAUCUCCUAGAUUAGCUCGAAAUACUGUAGGUUAUAAUAUCACAUUACAAGGUAAUUUAGAUCCUUGUGCAUUAUAUUCUAAUGAGAAUGAAAUUUCAAGUUUAGUAAAAGAAAUGAUUAAUAAUUUCGGUGUACAUCGUUAUAUUGUCAAUUUGGGUCAUGGCAUUUAUCCUGAUGUUGAUCCAGAUAAAGUGAAUAAAUUUGUUGAUUUAGUACAUCAAUUAUCAAAUACAAUGUUGAACUAUUAAAUAUCUUUUGGUAUUUUUAUUCCCUUUUUAUUCGUAGUUUAUUUUUCUGUAUUUGUUCUACCUCUAUUUCAAUGAGUUUGCUGUUAUUUUUUAUAGGGCUGUAUAAAUAAGUUAUUUUGUACUUUUAGUUAGUUGUUAAUUUAUUAAUAAAAAUAAAUUAUACUUUCUGGGGCAAGUUAUUGGUAAAGUUUAUAAUUUAUUUAUUUAUCGAUAAUAUAUAGAUGGAGGAUAAGUCAUUUGCACAAUCUUCUAGAAUCUGAUCCAAUGAGAUGAGUGUUUAUAACUGGUUUGGUUUUCAUUUAUUAUGUUAUAUACGUUGUAUUACAUAAAUGUAUGGUAAAAAUUAUCCUCUUUUGAAUGAUUCUGUGUGGUAAACUUUGAGAUUUCAUUGAAAGUUCCACUGACAACGAUGGUAAACGUUAUAUAUAGACUAACAGACAAUUUAUAAUGUGAAAUUUUUUUUACCUUGUCGAAUCAUCAUUGUGGUGCGUGCUACUUAUAUUGAUAUAAGUAGUAUAUGACGCGAGUCAGGAAUGUAAUGUCUGGUAGCAGAAGAUGGGGGAACAUCAAGAAAGCAAGAGUGGGAAUAGAAUGCAAUUUGUAUGGAAAUGCAAGGACAAUGAAGUCUGAGGCAUUUUGAGACAAUUGAUGGACAUUUUGCAAAUUAACGAUUUAAUAUAUGGUUCUCAGAUUUUAUUGAGAUGCUCUGUAAAUUCGUGUCAAAUAAAUUUAAUUUUCCCCA